CAUUUACACAGAAUGGGUAGAUGAGACAGUUAGGAGACAGAAUUGCCACGAGGCUGCCGCGUUUAUUCUUGGCAUCUGGCAAGGUUUCUGGGAGGAAAUCACUGAGCAUGAGCGGAAAUCGUGUGUUAUUUUUGUCGACCACAAGGACAAGCCGCCGUGAAAAUAGCUUUUUCAUCUUUCUAGUUUCAUUCACGGUUAAAGGACCAAAUACGCACGUACAGAUAGACAAAGGACUUAUGAAUUCGAACGGGUAUCUCAUUGCCCCAUGGCGCCCUAACUUCCCAUAGUAAAGAUGAAGACGACCAAACGGGAGAAUACUUCCGGGUCGCCGUGUGCCCUGGUCCAAGAUGGCGGACGAGGCCACCCGGCGUGUUGUUUCCGAGAUCCCGGUCCUGAAAACGAACGCCGGGCCCCGGGAUCGCGAGCUGUGGGUGCAGCGACUCAAAGAGGAAUAUCAGGCUCUUAUCCGGUAUGUGGAGAAUAACAAGAAUGCUGACAAUGACUGGUUUCGACUGGAGUCCAACAAGGAAGGAACACGAUGGUUUGGAAAAUGCUGGUACAUCCAUGAUCUACUUAAGUAUGAGUUUGACCUCGAAUUUGAUAUCCCGAUUACAUAUCCCUCUACUGCGCCAGAGAUUGCUGUCCCUGAACUGGAUGGAAAGACGGCAAAGAUGUAUAGGGGUGGCAAAAUAUGUCUAACAGAACACUUCAAACCCUUGUGGGCUAGGAAUGUGCCAAAGUUUGGACUGGCUCAUCUCAUGGCUCUGGGGUUGGGACCUUGGCUGGCAGUAGAGAUCCCAGACCUGAUUCAGAAAGGGGUGAUCCACCACAAAGAGAAGUAAUGCCUCUGCUUGAAUUUCUGAUAUAUUUGGCUCCUGCCUCCUUCAGCCACCAUCAUGUUCAUCCACCCAGCUGAUAAAAUGGCCCUUGCUCUGCCUUUUGCCAUGAAGUUGCAGUGAGUGGGCCUCUGGGAUUGAAUUGCUACAAAUAAGUGUGCUGGGACUCAUAGUCUGGCCUUGUUUGGAGACAGGGCUGAGAGCAGCAGGCAGACAUUGGGACCAUGAUUUCAUCAUUUUCCCACUACUUGGAAAGAUGUGAGCAUCCUGAGAGGGAUGCAACAUGAAAAUUUGUGUCAUCCCUUCUGUUGGAGGCAAUAGCUGUGUCCUCCUUAAAUAAAAGCUGCUUCCCCUGGC